UUGAACGGUUCAUUUUUCUUCUUUUGAUUUCAAAUGCGUCUUCCCCUGAUUAGCUCCCCAAUUUCUCAUCAAUCUCUUGUUACCGUUGACUUUACACAUAUUUGAAAACCUCCGUUAUCUCUCUGCAUAUCCUCAUGGUUGACCUAAUUAAACCACCUUAAUUUUGUCUCAUUCAAUAUUGGUCCAUCUACCGCCCAGAUCAUGAACAGCACCACCACCUCCGGCGGAUUUCUGGGCUCCGAAAACAUCAGUGGAUUUGGUUAUGGCAUCGGAGUUUCCGUCGGAAUCCUCCUCCUAAUCACAACCAUCACGGUGGCUUCAUAUUACUGCACCAGAAAUACAACAAUUGUACCACCGCGGAGGGCUGCUGCCCCACCGGCGUCGGACGCAGUGCAACACUCUGUCAUAGACGUCGGACUUGAUGAGACCACUAUCACUAGCUACCCCAAGAUGCUUUACUCGGAGGCCAAAGUGAAUCACAAGGACUCCACAGCCACAUGCUGUUCCAUUUGUUUAGCAGAUUACAAGAACAGUGAUAUGCUCCGGGGGCUGCCGGAUUGUGGACACCUUUUCCACCUCCGCUGCGUCGACCCGUGGCUGCGGAUGCACCCCACCUGUCCCGUAUGUAGAAACUCGCCCAUGCCAACGCCGCUGCCAACUCCUUUGGCCGAGAUGGUUCCCCUAGCAACCAGAGCUAUAUGAUAUAUGAUAAGUGUAUAUUUCAUUGUCUAAUCAACAAGAUCUUCGGCAACAAAUGUACCAAAAGAAUAAUUUUCGAACCCCGGUUCUUCAAUUUUCCAUGUAAACUGUAGAUCAUAGGUCUU